AUGUCUAUACAAACAAGAAAUUUCAAUAAAAUUGAAUUCGUUCCAUUGGCCUCCAUUAUCAGGCCGAUAAUGCCGGUGCUCGACAACGAGAAAAUAGACACUAUGGUUAACACAUUGAAUGGUAAACCUACUGCAUCGAAGACCUGUCAACUGGAAGACAUAACCCCCGGAGAGCUACCACCAAUCGAUGUAUUGUGUGCUUCUCAAAAUGGAGUAAAGAAAUAUUUUGCGUUCGGCGGAUGCCACAGGUUCCAGGCAUACGACAAGGCAGGAGUGCCGAUGGUCAAAUGCAAAGUUCUACCUGCUACAAAGAAACAGCUUAAACUAUACUUGGGAAGUUCUGUUGACUCUUACUUCGAUUGA